GAAACUUAACUAACAUAUCUUUACUGCGUCAUUUAAGAGAACAUUAUUUAUAUUUUAAACCUAAGCGACCAUAUUGCUUAACUUUUUUUCUGUUACUAAAGUAAAGAUGACCAGGAGCUCAUAUGGAAUACUAUAUGGACACGAGGAUGCGCCGGAAUUGCCGGAUUGUUUAUUCUGUCUUCACCACUUACUGAGGACUAUAACAUUGUAAUCUUAAAGAAAAGAAAGAAAUAUAUAUUUUUUUUAACAUUGACAAUUAUAAUAAUUUAUUGUUGAUCAAAAUAUCUGCAACGAGUUAUGUUCGUACCUCUUAAAGAACUUUGACGAUUUUAAUUCAUCUUUAAACACCACGCACACUUGUGAUCUACAACAUGUUUUAAUCACAAUGGAAAAUCAUUAACUUUGAGCGGCCCUGCGUGAAGAUGGGACCCUCGCAGCUAAACACUUCACCGAGUUAGCCAUGCAUCACGGUAAUUCAUCAGGCACUGUGCCACUCAACCCCUUUGCCAAUCACAGCCAGUGGACAGGGCAGGUGACCUCUCCAUCACUUGCCAGUCUUGAGAAUGUCACUUCGGAGAGACCAACACUGAGCGGCCCCAUAGCUGCAAUGCUUUCGAUGACCCUGGGCAUCCUGUCUAACAUUGUGGCUUUACUCAUCCUGGCAAAUGCAUAUGCCCGCCUCCGUCGACGAUCCAAAGCUUUCCUCCUGUUUGCGAGCUCUCUGGUGGCCACAGAUUUUGUGGGACAUAUCAUACCUGGCUCAAUAGUCAUGAGGCUUUACCUUUCUGGGGGUGUACCCUCUGGAGACUACAACAGGCAGGAUCCAUUAUGCCAGUUCCUAGGGGGCAGCAUGGUGUUUUUUGGCUUGUGCCCGCUCUUUCUUGGUUGUGCUAUGGCAGUUGAGAGGUGUUUGGGGGUCACAAAGCCAUUACUCCAUGCUUCGCUGGUUACGACCGCAAGGACUAAACUCUCUCUUUCUGUCAUCUGGUUGGCAGCAUUAUGUGUUGCCCUUCUACCGUGCUUCCAGCUGGGCUCAUACACCUACCAGUACCCUGGAACUUGGUGUUUCAUUAAAGUUCUUGAGGAUACAGAUGUGGCAGAUGUGGCUUUUGUUAUGUUGUUCUCAGGACUAGGGUUGACAUCCCUGGCUGUUGCUUUGGUGUGCAACACCAUAAGUGGACUGACAUUGGUAUUAGCCAGGAUACGAAAGAAACCCUGUAACCAUCGAUCAGCUAGGUCACAUGAUAUUGAGAUGGUGGUGCAGCUUGUGGGCAUAAUGGUCACUUCAUGUAUCUGCUGGAGCCCUCUUCUGAUUGUUGGCCUAUUUACAGUGACACAGUCAUACAAGGGCUCUAUAGAAGAUAACAUUGCCACCUAUAAGACCCUGAUGAUAAUGGGGGUGCGAAUAGCUUCAUGGAACCAGAUCCUAGACCCAUGGGUCUAUAUUCUUCUCCGUCGAGCCGUCAUCCAAAAGAUAUACCUCAUCACCAAACCUCAAAUCGACUUCAAAGAAAGCACAAUUGGCUGCUGGGAGAUCCAUUCCUUCCCUAGUUCUGAGAAGAAAACUGUCAGUCGAGUCUGAAAGUAAAUGAUAAGAAACAUCCCACAGUGUCAGUCAUUGUGAUACUGAGCUUCUAUAAAAUGGUAUUGUUCUGAAGUUUAAAGGUGCACUCAGGAAUUUAUUUCCUAUUUAAAAAGCUUUUACUUCUAAUUAAUUAAAUAGUGAUGUUGAGACAUAUAUAUGAAGAGUUCAGUCAUAUCAGUAACCUUAUAAAAGCUGUUUUAUUUUUACAUGGAGCAGGGGCGCCUCAUGGGGGCAGCCAUAUUAGGAUCACAUUACCAGAUGAAUACUACUCGCUUAAUCUCUGUAACUGCCCUGUUAUUGAACACUUUCGUUUGUGGAUUCAAAUAAUCUUGGUUUACUGUGACUAGUGAAUUUCUACAAUGGCAUUGCCAGGCCACUAAGUGUCAGUGUAAGCCAUACUUCGAAAUACCUAAAAAAAAAUAUUACUGAUUGCACCUUUAAUAGAAGUGUCAUUGUAGGUAAGGGGUGAUGAGCCUCAUGGAUUUGCACAGAAAUAAAGCAUGAGAUGAACAUUCCUAAUUCUCACUGUUGCAUAAUAGAGUAUAAUACGAAUUUGGCUGAACACAUUCAUGGCAGUGAAUAUAUAUAUAGGCCUAUGAUGUUUUCUCUUUUGGACCUUCAUUAGAGGAUACACUUUGGAUUUAGUAACUGAAGCAUUGAUAGAUCCAGAGUUGUAAAUUUAAGACAAUUCACUAUGUGUAAUACCAGAUCUGUCUAUUAAAAUGUGCCUGUCACAUAAGAGGUCAGAGCUCACAGAAAACAUAUUGAAGUGUUUUUAAUUGGAAGUUCACUAAAAGUUAAUUGAUCAACAAUGUAUAUUAACUGUGAAAGAGUUUGUUAAGAGAUAUGUUACUCUGCAUAAUGUUGUUGUAUAAUUUAUUGCUUCUGUUAUC